CCCCGGCCCGGCCCGGUCCUGCCCGGCCCCGCCGCCAGUCCCUCCCGCCCGCCGGAGCCCGGGUGCCGCGGCGAGGCGCCGACAGACGGGCGGACGGACGCGCGUACGCGGGGACCACUGGCUGCCCGGGCGCGGACGCGAGGAGCAGGUGUGGGCCGGGCACCAGGCCCUGGACUCAGGCCACACUGAGGUCUGCCCUUCCACCGCCAGCCGCCACCGAGGACGCCAUGAGCCAGUCAGGGUCCGUGAGCUACUGCCUGGGUGCUGCCAAUGGCAGCCUGGGCCGGUCUGACGGUGUGGCCAAGAUGAGUGCCAAGGACCUGUUUGAGCAGAGGAAGAAGUACUCCAACUCCAACGUCAUCAUGCAUGAGACCUCCCAGUACCACGUCCAGCACUUGGCCACAUUCAUCAUGGACAAAAGUGAGGCCAUCGUGUCUGUGGACGAUGCCAUCCGGAAGCUGGUGCAGCUGAGCUCCAAGGAGAAGAUCUGGACACAGGAGAUGCUGCUGCAGGUCAACGACAAGUCUCUGCGGCUGCUGGACAUAGAGUCCCAGGAGGAGCUAGAGAACUUCCCGCUGCCAACUGUGCGGCACAGCCAGACGGUGCUGAACCAGCUGCGCUACCCGUCGGUGCUGCUGCUUGUGUGCCAGGACUCGGAGCAGAACAAGCCCGACAUCCACUUCUUCCACUGCGACGAGGUGGAGGCAGAGCUGGUGCACGAGGACAUCGAGAGCGCGCUGGCCGACUGCCGGCUGGGGAAGAAGAUGCGGCCGCAGACCCUGAAGGGCCACCAGGAGAAGAUCCGGCAGCGGCUGUCGGUCCUGCCUCCCCCCCAGGGCCCGGCCCCCAUCCCCUUCCAGCGCCACGGCGGGGACUCCCCUACCACCAAGAACCGAGUGGGCCUGCCUGUGCCUCUCAGUGAGCCAAGCUUCCUCCGGCGGGAGUCUCUGGAGGAGGAGCCGCGGGCCGUGCUGGCGCAGAAGAUAGAGAAGGAGACGCAAAUCCUCAACUGCGCCCUGGACGACAUCGAGUGGUUCGUGGCUCGGCUGCAGAAGGCGGCCGAGGCUUUCAAGCAGCUGAACCAGCGCAAGAAGGGGAAGAAGAAGGGCAAGAAGGGGCCUGCAGAGGGCGUCCUCACGCUGCGGGCACGGCCCCCCUCCGAGGCUGAGUUUGUGGACUGUUUCCAGAAAACAAAGCUGGCCAUCAACCUGCUCGCCAAGCUGCAGAAGCACAUUCAGAACCCCAGCGCAGCAGAACUGGCGCACUUCCUCUUCGGGCCUCUGGACCUGAUUGUCAGCACCUGUGGUGGCCCAGACAUCGCACGCUCAGUCUCCAGUCCCCUGCUCUCCCGUGACGCUGUGGGCUUCCUGCGCGGCCACCUGGUCCCCAAGGAGAUGGCGCUAUGGGAGUCGCUGGGGGAGACCUGGACACGCCCCCGCUCCGAGUGGCCACGGGAGCCGCGGGUGCCCCUCUACGUGCCCAAGUUCCAGAGCGGCUGGGAGCCCCCCCUGGACGUGCUGCAGGAGGCUCCCUGGGAAGUGGAGGGGCUGGUGUCCGCCCCCAGUGACGAGCCGACUCCAGGGAGCCGACUGUCCUUUCGAAGCUCCCAGAAGCACAGCCUUGUACCUGAGCCAACAUCCCCAGGAGACGUCCUUCCCCCAGUCAGCUCCCCACAUAUUCUCAGGGGCUACGAACCCACACCAGCCAUGGCCAAGUACGUCAGGGUCCUCUAUGACUUCACAGCCCGCAAUGCCAAUGAGCUGUCUGUGCUCAAGGACGAGGUCCUGGAGGUGCUGGACGACAGCCACCAGUGGUGGAAGCUUCGCAAUCGCAGUGGCCAGGCAGGCUACGUGCCCUGCAACAUCCUGGACGAGACCCGGCUGGAGGACAUCCCCCCAGAGCAGGCCGGGCUGAAAUACUGGGGUCCUGCCAGCCCAACCCACAAGCUGCCCCCAAGCUUCGCCGGGAACAAAAAUGAACUGAUCCACCACAUGGAUGAGGUCAAUGACGAGCUCAUCAAGAAGAUCAGCAACAUCAAGACGCAGCCACAGCGGCCCUUCCGCGUGGAGCGCAGCCAGCCGGUCAGCCUGCCCCUCACCUACGAGUCGGGCCCCGAUGAGGUCCGCGCCUGGCUGGAGGCCAAGGCCUUCAGCGCCCGGAUCGUGGAGAACCUGGGCAUCCUGACCGGGCCCCAGCUCUUCUCGCUCAACAAAGAUGAGCUGAAGAAAGUGUGCGGGGAGGAUGGCAUCCGCGUGUACAGCCAGCUCACGGUGCAGAAGGCCGUCCUGGAGAAGCAGCAAGGUGGGUCGGAGCUGGAGGAACUCAUGAACAAGUUUCAUUCCAAGAACCAGAGGAGGAUGGAGGAGGAGAGCUAGACCUGGCUGUUUGGGGCCCCCUUGCACCUGUGGCUGGGGAGACACACCUGCGGGACCCACCCCCAGCACCUGGAGUAUUAUUUUUGUAUGUGUAUGUAUUUUGUACUGUGGACACGGGAUGGAGCGUGCUGCUGGCUGGGGGCCCCUGCACCUGGCUGGAGCCUGCUCACCUGCCUCGUGACACAUGGCCUGUCCUCAGCAAUGCCCCAGCCCACGCUCACCCACCUGCUCCAAGGCCCACCUCAGCCAAACCUGCUGCCUAGAGGUGCCAGCCCCUCGUCCACCCAACCCCUGAGGUCUGUUCCAGACCCAGCCCAGCUCCCUUCCCACCUCAACCCACACCUCUCCCCAAGGCUACAGAACCCCCAGGGACUUUUCCUCUGGCCUCUCGUGUCCACAAGGGGGUUCCCCCUGGCCCUUGUGACUCUGGCCCUAUCCCCACCCUCAUGGAUGCUCACUUCCACACCCACUUGCACCCAACUGCACCCCUACACCUCUGGACGGGCUGUGGGCCAGAAGGGCAGCCGAUCUCAGUUGCCCAGCCACCCUGAGCACUAAGCUGACCCAACUGCUGACCCUUGCCCUCAGAUAUUGCCCACAGCACCCAUCCAGUGCACUGACCCCCAAGGGUGGUGGUGGGGAGCUCCAGGCCCCACUGGAGUGGGCUCCAUGCUGUACUCCCUCCCCCAUGUUGAGGAGCGAGCAUGGACUGGACACAUACUCACCCAAGCCCUGGCCUUGGACACCCCCCGCCCCCACCCCACCCCCUUGGCAGAGCCUAAGAAAGGAACUUUUUCUGACCAAGUCUCAGGCCAGCCUCACCCUGCAUGCUGUGCGGGUGGCAGGUGAGUCUUGGAGCCCUGGACUCUGAGGGUCACACCCCAGAGAUGAGAGGUGACGAGGCUCAAAGGCCAUGUCAUUAAACCAGUUAAGUCUCCUAGCA